UUACAUAAACUCGCUUUUCUGACUCCCCCACGUCACGCAGAGGAAGAACUCCUCCAGAUCCUGGCGGUCUGCUGCCUGAGUUGCUGUCGAACUUCUCCAGCUGCGCGCAUCAUGAUUGUUCUCGUGGACCUGGUGCUGAUGCUCAUAGACCUCACCUACUCCAUCCUGGCUGCGAUGAUCCAGACUUUCCUGCGUCCGAGGCUCAAGUGCGUUGAUGGAGAGCUGUGUUUGAUAACGGGGGCCGGGGGCGCGCUGGGGCGCCUGUUCGCCCUGGAGUUCGCCAAAGAGGGAGCGCGCCUGGUGCUGUGGGACUGCAACACCAGUGCCAACGAGCAGACCGCCGAGCUGGCGCGGGAGCUGGGGGUUGAGGUGCACGCGUACACGGUGGACCUGUCCAAGCGGCAGAGCAUCUAUGAGGCGGCGGACCGGGUCAGAGAGGAGGUCGGGGAUGUCUCCAUGCUGGUCAACAACGCGGGUGUGGUGGCCGGGCGCAGGCUGCUGGACUGUCCGGACGAGAUGCUGGAGAGGACUCUGCUGGUCAACUGCCACGCGCUUUUUUGGAUGACCAAAGCCUUCCUGCCUCAGAUGAAAGCAAAGAACCACGGCCACAUGGUCACCAUCGCCAGUGCUCUUGGACUGUUCAGCACCGCGUGUGUCGAGGAUUACUGUGCGAGUAAAUUUGGAGCCGUGGGUUUUCACGAGUCUCUGACUCAUGAGCUUCUAGCAGAGAACCUGGAGGGCAUAAAAACGACCUUGGUGUGCCCUUACAUUGUGGACACGGGGAUGUUUGCAGGCUGUGAGAUCAGGCAGGAGCUCAAGAGUCUCAUUCCACCUCUGCAGCCCCUCUACACCGUACAACAGUCCAUGAAAGCCAUUUUAGCCGAACAGCAAAUGAUCUGCAUUCCUCGCAUGAUGUACAUCCCCUUCCUUGCACGAGCGUUGUUACCUUGGGAGGCAAACGUGGCAACAUAUCGCUUCAUGGGAGGAGACAAGUGCAUGUUACCUUUCAUCAAGAAUGUUGAAAUGAAGACUUCCAACGGCCAUAUCAAGUCCUCCUAAAGCCACCGCUGACUCUUCCUCUUAAGUAACGGACCAACUUGGAUAACAAAGGCUUUUACCAAAUAAACAUUCAUUUGAAGGGAGAACCCAAUAUCUACACUAACCUGGUAUCUCACCACACCAGGUUCCCCGGAGUGUUAGGACCACACUGAGAAAAAAAUGUGUUCACAGACUUCAAGAAUAAAGUUUAUGAGAAUAGAGGAGACUUGUUAAAAUAAAGGUGGUGGAGCAUAUCUUGGAAUUGUUCACAAACAAGGAGAUCAUCAGCAUCACUUUGUCAUAAGUAAGUUACAAUAUUAUGACUUUUAUUGACAUUUAUGACUUUAAUCUCAUAAAUUCACAACCUUAUUCUCAGUCUGUGAGUUUUUUUCCCCCAAUUUUAAAUUCCAUCCAUCUACAUGAGUAGAUUCCAGUAGAAUUCACUAUAGUGGAUGAAUCCACAAAUACCAGAUAUAUACAAGUGCGUCUUUUUAUUCACAUUAACAAACAGUGCAGAAACAAGGACUGGACAAAUUAAUCUACAGGAAACAUGCAACAGAACAUAUUAAGCGUUAUUUUGAGCCAGAUUACAGUCUUCAUAAAAAGGAAGUCAAACAUACAAAAAAGAAAUCCCUCUCAUGAUUGAUCCUCAUCCCCUCCUGUCCAUAUGUUCCAUUUAAAUUUGCCUCCAUUGCUGCUGCUGCUGUUGAUUAAAUAAACUGACAAUUUUUU